AUGCAUCAGCAGAAGUAUAUAGGUGAACUGCUUGAGAAAUUUGAAAUGAAUAGCUGCAAUUCAAUUUCAAAUUCAUCAGAGACAAACUCAAAAAUUGAUGAGUGCAGUGAGGAAGAAAGAGUUGAUCCAACAGUGUUCAGACAAAUGGUUGGUUCAUUGAGGUAUUUGUGCAACAGUAGGCCAUACAUUUGCUACUCAGUCAGUGUGAUUAGAAAAUUCAUGCAUGAUCCAAGGAAAACUCACUUGAUAGUUGCUAAAAGGAUACUUGGGUAUGUAAAAGGCAGAAAGGAGUAUGGGUUGCUAUUCCCAAAUAGAAGUAAAGGUGACAGAAGUGAACUCAUUGGAUACUUAGAUAGUGAUUGGUGUGGAGACAUCACAGACAAGAGAAACACAUCUGGCUAUGUAUUCAAGUUCAAUGAAGCAGCUAUAUCAUUGUGUACAAAGAAGCAACUAGUGACUGCUCUUUCAUCCUGUGAGGCUGAAUAUAUUGCAGGAACAUUUGCAACCUGUCAAGCAAUGUGGUUGGAUUCAAUGAUGAAGGAACUGAGGUGUGAAGUGAUGAAGCCUCUAAUACUCAGAAUUGACAACUAG